GAAACUUGUUUAGCCAUGUCAGUACUGACGACAUUCAAUAUAUCCUAAGCAUCUCAAAUAUCUCUGUGUGACAUAAACUAGUGUUUGCUGCACAGCCAUUGUUCAUAGAGAAAUAUCAUGGAUCAAAUCGGUUAAAGAGGAUCAAAUCCAAGUCUUUUAAUAUAGAAACACGAUGAUCAAAGGCUUAGGGAUCAUCCUUGGUGUGUUGUUGCUUGUAAGCAAACAAGGUGAUGCAGUCAUAACAACCCAGCCAAUCAGCCAAUCACAAUUCGAAGGGUUCGACGUCACAUUUAAUUGCUCUGCCACAGCAAGCCGAACGCUUACAUUCACAUGGACAAAAGACUCAACAAACAUUGCCUCUGACUCUAGACAUAAUGUCACAUCAAACAAUCAAUCAAGUACACUGGUUAUCACUGGACUCGUUGCUUCAGAUGCAAGCAAUUACUCUUGUGUUGCUAAUGACAGCGGAAAUAUUUCAACAUCGAAUAAUGCGACAUUAACUGUAAAAUCAAACCCUUCGAUUCUAACCCACCCCAACAGCCAGUACAUAUUCGAAAACACCAAUGCAACACUCAGUUGCAAGGCCACAGGGAACCCAGUACCCUCUUUGUCCUGGAAAAAAGAAGGAACGAUUCUUACAUCUAGUGAUAGACUAAUAAUACAAACAAGCAACGGACAGAGUAAUCUGAGUAUAAUCAAGUUCAACAAAACCAUAGAUGAAGGAAACUACACAUGUGUUGCAAAGAGCGGCAACAAAAGUGUGACAUCCAAUACUGCAUCCUUAACCCUUAAACUCGCUCCAAAAGUCACCUCGCAUCCCGCCAAUCAAACAAAGAUCGAAGGUGAAAACGCAACCAUUGCAUGUGACGUCAAUGGGACUCCUCCAAUAGCGGUCACGUGGGAAAAAGAUGACAGUGCCUUCAAUGUUUCGUCAGACGAGAGGUUUCACUACAGUAAUGGUGGUAAACAGCUCGAUAUAAUAGCAGUCCAAACUUCAGACUCAGGAUCGUACAUGUGUGUUGCUGAUAAUGGUGUACGUGUGAAGUCUUAUCCUGGCAGGUUGACUGUCCACACAUAUCCAGCCAUUCUUGCUCAUCCAAAUGGAACAAAAGAAGUGACGGAAAACGAUAAUAUAACAUUUACCUGUGCUGUUGGUGGGAAGCCUUCACCGUCCAUUCAGUGGCUGAAAAACAACGCUACACUAAACACGACAGCACAUUCAAAGUUCAAUGUCUCUGGUGAUGGUAGGAUUUUGACGAUAACUGGUGUGGUACGAAGUGACGAAGGAAACUUUAGCUGCAAUGCAACCAACAAAGUCGGUAGUGUUGUAUCAUCAUCAGCACAGCUUAUUGUCAACUAUCCACCAGAAUUUAUAAACAUUCAACCAAAUGGAACAAAAGAAGUGAAGGAAAACGAUAAUGUAACAUUUACCUGUGCUGUUGGUGGGAAUCCUUCACCGUCCAUCCAGUGGAUGAAAAACAACGCUACACUAGACACGACAGCACCUUCAAGGUUCGAUGUCUUUGGUGAUGGUAGGAUUUUGACGAUAACUGGUGUGGUACGAAGUGACGAAGGAAACUUUAGCUGCAAUGCAACCAAUAAAGUCGGUAGUGUUGUAUCAUCAUCAGCACAGCUUAUUGUCAACUAUCCUUCAAAGAUAUUGGUUCCUCCAACAAGUAAAACAGUAGUUGAGAGAAGCAAUGUAUCCCUGACGUGUUACUUGGAAGGCAAACCAGUAUCUAAUGUAACCUGGUUGAAAGAUGGUCACCCAAUAAUAGCCGCUAAUGACAGCAGAGUAUCUGUAACACUACCCUCCUCAGUCAAUGCAACAAGUGUUAAGAUUACUAUUAUCAAUGUGAACCGUAAUGACGAGGGCAACUAUUCCUGUCAGGCUGUGAAUGAUGUCGGUAAUGAUACCUCAUCUGGAGCAUUGCUGAAAGUCAACUAUCCUCCAAGGAUAUUGGUUCCUCCAACAAAUAAAACAGUAGUUGAGAGAAGCAGUGUAUCCCUUACGUGUUACUUGGAAGGCAAACCAGUAUCUAAUGUAACCUGGUUGAAAGAUGGUCACCCAAUCAUACCUGCUAAUGACAACAGAAUAUCUGUAWCKCYACCCUCCUCAGUCAGUAAUACAACUGCUACGAUUACUAUUACUAAUGUGAACCGUACUGACGAAGGCUACUAUUCUUGUCAAGCUUUGAAUGAUGUCGGUAAUGAUACCUCAUCUGGAGCAUUGCUGACAGUCAACUACGGCGUAACCAUAUUCGUGAAUCCACAACCCGAGAAAAGGAUUGAAGGAGAAUCGGUCACAUUUACAUGUGAAGUGGAAGGCAAACCUGCUCCUAAUGUAACCUGGCUUGUAAACGACAACCCAUUGACUCUAGAGACGAGUAGGAUGAACGUCUCUCAACCCACUACACACGACAGGACGGUUGUUAAUCUGACGAUCAAUGGCUUGAAGAGAACAGAUGAGGGUAGUUACAGCUGUAACGUGAAAAACAGUUAUGGUGAAAAGAAUUCAACUGCUGCAGCAUUGACUGUCAACUAUCCUCCAAAGAUAUUGGUUCCUCCAACAAAUAAAACGGUGGUAGAGAGAAGCAAUGUAUCCCUUACGUGUUACUUGGAAGGCAAACCAGUAUCUAAUGUAACCUGGUUGAAAGAUGGUCACCCAAUAAUAGCCGCUAAUGACAGCAGAGUAUCUGUAACACUACCCUCCUCAGUCAAUAAAACAAGUGCUUCGAUUACUAUUACCAAUGUGAGCCGUACUGACGAGGGCUACUAUUCCUGUCAGGCUUUGAAUGAUGUCGGUAAUGAUACAUCAUCUGGAGCAUUGCUGACAGUCAACUACCCUCCAAAGAUUUUAGUCCCUCCAACAAGUAAGACAGUAGUUGAGAGAAGCAAUGUAUCCCUUACGUGUUACUUGGAAGGCAAACCAGUAUCUAAUGUAACCUGGUUGAGAGAUGGUCACCCAGUCAUAGCCGCUAAUGACAACAGAAUAUCUGUAUCUCCACCCUCCUCAGUCAGUAAUACAACUGCUACGAUUGCUAUUACUAAUGUGAACCGUACUGACGAGGGCAACUAUUCCUGUCAGGCUUUGAAUGAUGUCGGUAAUGAUACCUCAUCUGGAGCAUUGCUGACAGUCAACUAUCCACCGAGAAUAUUCAGCAUYUCACCCCAGAAUGAAACCAAGCAUGAGAACCAUAGCAUGACGUUCAACUGUACCUUAGAAGGCAAACCAUUAGCAAAUGUUACAUGGAUGUUUAAUAACACAGAUAUAGUUCCCGAUGGUACGAAAUAUCAUGUAAGUGGCACAACAUCAGUGGAGAAAGGCACGGCWUCAUUGACAAUAACCGAUUUACACAGAUCUGACCAGGGAAAMUACACAUGCAGAGCACAGAACAWGAUUGGGACGGCAACUUCACCAGUUUCUGCUUUCUUGARRGUGWUAUGUAAGUUUAUCUGUAAGAACUACUUUUAUACAAUGCUGGAUGAACAACUCAGAAACAAUAGAGGUGGCCCUAUCAGUAGGGACAACCUGCCURCUUAUGUAAUUCAGGGUCUGUCAGUAAAAUGUAGAAUCAACACGGAUCUUACAUUAAUUUGA